UGACACCCCCUCCGUAAAGAAGGAACGGGUGGUGAUGACGUUCUUUGGGAGACAUACCGAUAUGAGUACGUACCUGUGGCAAAGCGACUUACUUUUUAUUGAGGGCUUUGUGUUCUGUUGAAUGCCGAAUAAAGUUAUAUAACCACUUAAUAAACGCUGUGGGGUGCUUUUUGUUGCUGGUGGGGGAAUCCCAGUUCCGGGGCGGCUGCUCCCCUCAGCCUUUCCCGCUUUCUCCGCCGGCGCCUCCCACGCCUGCGCUGCGCAGGCGCCUGCGUUCCCCAACGGCCGGCCGAGCGCGGCGGGUUUGAAGCGGAGCUGACGGCGGGAAUGGUCGGGGCUUUUCUCCGAGCCGCCCCCGGCCAUCGCGGCGGUGUGAGGUAACAGAGGGAGCUGUGUGAGCGCUGUAGGCACCAGGGCUGCCGGGCAGUAUCAUGAAACGGAGUACGAUGAUGGCGUCCUCAAACCUGGAAGACUUGUGCUCUCACAUCAACACGAAGAUUUCAACUAUUAAAAAGACUCUUCAGUUAAGAAACAUAGGUCAAGAACCGUCCCUCAGCUCUAUGCUCUGUAAAAUAGGCCAUGAAGUAGUUCUCUUGAAUGAUCUCCUGAAUAAAUUGGAAUCGGAAGUUCAACAGCAAGAAAAGCUGAAGAAUUUGCUAAAAGAGCUUCAGAAGUCUGCUGAGAGACGUCAAAAUGAAGCACAGCACCUCUGUGAAAACAUUCCUCUCUACCUGCCUAAACCCACUCAGAGCUGCACCACUGGGCCAACUGUGAAAUGUGAAGAACAAACCAAAGUUGCAGAACCCAAACGUGCAAAGAAACCUACAACAGAGUCGAGACCUAUUAAAGAAGCCCCCUUAAUAACUGCGGAAGAAUUUGAAAGUGUUCCUGCGUAUAUGAAAGGUCGUUUAACAUACAAUCAGAUUAAUGCAGUUGUUCAAGAUCUGAACAAGGCCGUGGUGGGCAAAUACAAGAUCCUGCAUCAGCCCUUGAAAUCUAUGAAUGCAGCAGUCAGAAAACUCUACCACAGGUUCCUGGAAGAAGAAACUAAGGAUACAAAAGGUGAAUUUUUUGUUGUGGAGGCUGACAUCCAAGAGUUCACCCAACUGAAAGUGGAUAAGCACUUCCAUAGGGUCCUCAAUAUCCUGCGCCACUGCCAGAGAGUGAGAGAAGUUCGUGGCUCGAGACUUGUCCGCUACGUCAUCCGCUAACGAGCUUUCCGUGCUCUGCUCACCAAGAUACAGAAGGCAGAAGUAUUUUGAGGUGCAGAGAGAUUUUGUCGUCUGCAGAGAGAUUCUACGUGUCGGGCAGUCCUAUCCACCUCUCUUAAUUUCUAAAAGGCAGCAGUCAGGGUGCAGGAGUUUCCUGCAUCGCUGGAACAGGUGGUUUAAACACCUCCAGGCUGAAGAUCGGUCGUUCUGUUAGCCAUACGGGUUUCAUACUUCAUCGCGCGGCCAGAGUAUUCCCUCAGACCGACCCAUUAGACUGAACCAGCAGAGCAGUGGGGUUUUUCUAAGUGAAAAUGUUCAACUUUACUUUGAAAACACUGGUCAAACUCGUCACAGUUUUUAUUAUAGAAGAUUGCUUUCAGAGGACCUGUUAGCAUGUAAGUUCCAGAGUAGAAUUAUUGUGAUAACAAUCAGCUCUGCAAGUAAUCAAAACUGGUUUGAUCAGAAGAGUUACGGUCUUUUUCUUCCAUGAGCCUGUAUCUGCUGUUAACCUAACAACUGGCUUACAAUACCUCCUCUUGUACCCUGUCGGUGUUAAAAUGGCAAUUUAACGAGCAAAAGACCCUGAAUAGACAUUGAACUUUUAUCAAUAAAGAGAUCCC